AUCCAGCAACAGCAUUUCCCGCCUAAGGCAGAUGACAAGAGUCCUUGGAAGCGCAGAGCGGUGGGACGCUCGCCGCACCGCGGCAGAAUACACACUGUGGAAAAAGGAUGAAGUUGACCAGUGAAAAGUUGCCCAAGAACCCCUUUUAUGCCUCCAUAUCUCAAUAUGCUGCUAAAAACCAAAAAUCCUUCCAAUGGAAAAAGGAAAAGACUGAUCAUUACAGCCAUGCUAAUUUGGUGGAUAAGGCAUUGCAGCUCUUGAAGAAAAGAAUACUGAAAGGAGACACUCUGGCAUAUUUCCUGAGAGGUCAACUAUAUUUUGAAGAGGGAUGGUAUGAAGAAGCAUUAGAACAGUUUGAAGAAAUCGAGGAGAAAGACCAUCAAGCAACUUACCAGCUAGGAGUGAUGUACUAUGAUGGGCUGGGGACCAUUCUAAAUUCUGAGAAAGGGGUGGACUAUAUGAAGAAAAUUCUUGAUUCUCCAUGUCCCAAAGCAAGACACUUAAAAUUUGCAGCUGCUUACAACCUCGGAAGAGCUUAUUAUGAAGGAAAAGGUGUUAAACGAUCAAAUGAGGAAGCCGAAAGACUGUGGCUUUUCGCAGCAGACAAUGGAAAUCCCAAAGCUAGUGUGAAGGCUCAAAGUAUGCUCGGGCUGUAUUACUCAACCAAGGAGCCCAAGGAGUUAGAAAAGGCAUUUUACUGGCAUUCAGAAGCAUGUGGCAAUGGAAAUCUGGAGUCCCAGGGUGCACUUGGGCUCAUGUACUUGUACGGACAAGGCAUCCGGCAGGAUACGGAGGCUGCCCUGCAUUGCUUAAGAGAAGCAGCAGAACGCGGAAACGUCUAUGCUCAAGGGAAUCUCGUGGAGUAUUACUAUAAGAUGAAAUUUUUUACAAAGUGUGUUGCAUUUUCUAAAAGGAUUGCUGACUAUGAUGAGGUGCACGACAUCCCGAUGAUUGCCCAGGUCACAGACUGUCUCCCGGAGUUCAUCAGCAGAGGCAUGGCAAUGGCAUCCUUCUACCACGCAAGGUGUCUCCAGCUCGGCUUGGGCAUCACCAGGGACGAAGCAACGGCUAAGCACUAUUAUUCUAAAGCUUGUCGUCUGAACCCUGCACUGGCAGAUGAACUUCACUCCUUACUUAUUCGUCAAAGAAUUUAGACCACAAUGUAUUUCAACAAAGAUCAUCCAUGCUAACACCGCACAAUGUGUGUAUCUUUAUAGUAGCUAUGACUGGUUAUUUUGCACAUCGCAAAUUACACUAUCCUGGGUAUUUUACAGGUAA